AAACAGAUGGUUCACACUAAGUUGCCUUUUAGUAUUCUUGCUGCUGUCGUUUUUUCGUAUCAGGCAAAGUUAGGUGUGUUCGGUUUCUUACAAAAUGAAGAUAUUCUUGUCAAGAGUUAAGCUGGACUCUAGGCACUCAACUUGUUAAUUAGAGCUUUACCUGUGGGAUGCCUUCACAUCACGGAGGUUUGGAACACACGUUUUGAAGAAGUCAUUCUAGCACAUAAAAUGGAACAAAGCUUGUUGACAUCUAGUCUUCAAAACAUUUCCUUCGGUAUUGUUCUUCAAAUUAUCGUACGGAUUAUAACUUUCCUCAGCAACGCCUGCGUUUUGAGAUAUAUCUCUCCUGAUGCACUAGGUUUAAUGAAUGUUCGCCUCUUGCUUCUGGAAUCCACCAUUCUCUUCGUGAGUCGAGAAGCGUUCAGGAAAAGUACUUUGGACAAUGUCCGUAACCAUAACUGGCCACUUGUCAUCAACCUGAUAUGGGUCACGUUUCCUAUGUCCAUAAUUAUUUCUCUCCUCCUGAGCUAUGUUUGGCUCAACCUGUUGGAAGCUCCUCCUCCACACUUGCAGAGUCAAUACAUUGUAGGAGUGUGGGUCAUGUCUCUGAGCUGCAUUAUUGAAUCUACCUGUGAGGCGCCUCUUCUGGUUGCAAACGCAUUCCUAUUCAACAAACUCAAGGUUGCAUUGAACUUGCUCCACAUCGGUGUUCGCACUUUGGUGUUCCUGCCGUUAGUGCUGUCCAAUCCAUCUUCUGCUGUGCAUGCCUUCUCUGCCGCGCAAAUGGUAGGCACCAUCGCCAUCGUGCUGGGCUACUAUGGCUACUUUCACUAUCACGUAAAGACUCCCAAAAAAGACUUUCCAUUCAAAACUCUGCGUGAUUUCCUACCGAGGCUUGACCUGCAAGAAUGGGUCCAUAGACCUUUGGCGUGGCUCACUUGGAGUCUGUUCAAGACAAUGGCUGUCAAGCAGCUCUUGACUGAAGGCGAACGCUAUGUGAUGACCAUAACUGGAGUGCUCUCGCUCACCCAGCAGGGUGUUUAUGAAAUAGUCAACAACCUAGGCACGUUACCCGCUCGACUGCUGUUUCGACCUAUCGAGGAGAGCUGCUACUUUUACUUUGCCCAACUGUACAAGAGAGGCGAGAGAGUUACAGACUUGAAUAAGGAGCACAUGGAAGAGGCGUCAAAACUGCUUUAUUACGCAAUGCGCUGUACCAUGGUGUUUGGCUUGACAGUGAUGGCUUUUGGAUUCUCAUACUCGCGCCAGCUGCUCUUUCUGUAUGGCGGCGAGACCCUGGCCACUGACACGGGGACUGUACUGCUUCGCGCCCAUUGCACCGCCAUCCUUUUCCUUGCGAUCAACGGAAUAACGGAAGCGUUUGGCCAGUCGGCGAUGAGCAAGGAGCAGCUAUCUUGGUACAAUUACUCAAUGGUUUUGCUUUCGGUGGCCUUUCUAUUCAUUUCGUGGGUACUGACCCAACUGCUGGGCGGACUGGGUUUCAUCCUAGCAAAUUGCUGCAACAUGGCUACUCGAAUUUUCUGUAGCCUCAAGUUUAUGUACGAAAUUUAUGAAGGAAGUCAAUGGCAACCCCUGAAGGGUCUCCUCCCUGGCCCUCUGAUUGUUACCGCUCUAGCUGUCUCAUUUAUCAUUACCAUCCUCUCUGAAAGUGUGUACUAUAGUGAUAAUAAGCUUGUCCAUUUGACUAUUGGUGGCUGUUGUGGCCUCUUUAGCGUUGGAGUGUUCUUCUAUGAAGAAAAGGAGCUAUUUAAAAUCAUUAGCUCCAAGCUUGGCCUUGAUAAACAGUUCAAGCGUGAACACGAAGAUUAGUUGUGUCUUGCCUUUUGAAGAUAGAAGAUACUUUAACCACUGUUGCAAUUGGGAUGGUCUUAGUGGACCAGCCUAAGACAAAUUUAUUGCUCACCUCCACCAGCUUUUUAAGUGAUCUUUAAUUUCUGUAAGGCACUAGUGCACUCACAUAAGCCAAUAUGCUAGGUGCUAAGAAUAGUUUGUCUAUCAGUUCCACAAAUGGAACUACCUACUCUUUGUUGGUCAUUUUGUCGAGGGAAUCAGAACUUCUGUCAAUAUCAUUGCGUUUUGGAUUUCCUAUUAUCCUGAAGGGUUCAUAUUAUUGUAUUUGUUACAUGUAACCUAAUUUUACUGGCGGAAUUUUGUAUUGGUAACAACUAACCAAAGAGACAUUCUCCUGUUGUGCAUUCCCUUAGACCAAAAUACGGUCACCAUCCCAAUGCCCUGAACUGGCUGUGUUGUAAUCAUCCUUUUUUAAAUAAACUUUUGACUGCAUAUUGUGAAUACCA